AGCCACUGCCGCUCCGGGCCAAACUGCCCGCGACAGCCCCCGCAAUGCAGUUCCGAUGGCUCCUGCUGGUGGCCCCCGUGCUUGGGUCAUAUGUGACUCCUGUGCAGAAGGUCAUCGACAUGAUGGAGAAGAUGAAGGAGAAAGGCACCAAGCAAAUGGAGGAUGAGCAGUUGCAGUUUGCCGAGUUCCGGCAAUUCUGCGAGCUCACCCUCGACGAGAAGGAGCGAUCCAUCAGUGAUGCCACCGACAAGAUUGAGACUCUCCAGGCGCAGAUCGCGGCCGCUGGGGCCGAUGCCGAACGCCUGGAGGCGGAGGCCGCGCAGCACCAGGCGGACGCGGAGACGGCCACGAAGGAGCAGGCCAACACCACGGAGGUGCGCGAGAAGGAACGCUCGGAUUUCCAGACAACCCUUCAGGACUACACCGAGUCCAUUGAUGCCAUCGGGCGAGCGAUGAAGUCGCUGAAGGAGGAUAAGGACAAGAAGGUGUCCUUGCUGGAGCUCACCACGGCCAAGAGCUUGAAGCGGAUGCCCAGCGAUGCGGUGGAUCAGAUCGAUGCCUACUUGCGCACGGCGCAAACGACCGGCUCAGACGAGAAAGAGGAGAGCUUGAUCAUGCAGGGAGCUGAGCAGGCUCCGAAGCCCAAGACCUAUGAGUUUCAGUCCGACGGUGUCAUCAGCAUGCUGGAGAGCCUUCAGGACAAGUUUGUAGAUGAGCGCACCGCUCUGGAGUCCGAGGAGCAGGCGAAGAAGCACGCCUAUGCACUGCUGGUGCAACGGUUGGAAACACAAGCAACACAGUCCAAGAAGGAGCAGCAAGAGAAGACUCAAUUCAAAACCAAGAAGCUCCAGUCCAAGGCCUCCGACUCGGCGGACUUGGAGGAGACCCGCGCGGCCAAGGCCUCGGACGUGAAGUACGCCACAGAUCUGAAAGCCACCUGCGAGAAGAAAGAGGCCGCCUAUCAGCAACGUCAAGAGACCCGGAAGGAGGAGCUGGAAGCCAUCGCCAAGGCCCAAGAGAUCAUCUCCAGCGGCACUGUGGCGGGGAACGCUGACAAGCACUUACCGGGACUUUUGCAGCGCUCCAAGUUGACGGCCUUGGCCUUCUUGCGGGCGGAGCACGCAGCCCAUCGGGGCCAGGACCAGGUGGCCCGCUUCUUGCAACGGAAGGCCGACCAGCUCAAGAGCCGCAUGCUCUCGGCAUUGGCGGUGCGCGUCUCCGCCGACCCGUUGUCUAAGGUCAAAACGAUGAUCGAGCAGUUGAUGGAGAAGUUGACCCAGCAGGCAAAGGAAGAAAACACCAAAUCAGCGUGGUGCGAGACAGAGCUCGCGAGCAACAAGCAGACUCGCGAGACCAAGACAGAUGCCGUGGACUCCCUCCAAGCGGAGAUCGACCAGUUGAAGGCCUCCAUCGCCAAGUUGGGCGACGAGACCACCACUUUGUCCAAGGAGCUGACGGAGCUGGAUGAGGCGAUGACCAAAGCCACCGCCUUGCGACAGAAGGAGACGGAGAAGAACUCCUUGACCAUUGCAGAUGCCAAAGAGGCACAGGAGGCCGUCGCCCAGGCCUUGCAGGUGCUCAAGGACUUCUACGCGAAGGCCUCCGGCGCCACGGCUUUGCUGCAAAGGUCUUCGGCGCCCGAUGUCUUCGGAGACGAGCCCUACACGGGCAUGGGCUCUGAGGGAGGCGGCGUCGUCGGCAUGAUGGAGGUCGUCGAGAGCGACUUCGCGCGCUUGGAGGCGGAGACCACCUCGGCAGAAGAGGCGUCCAAGAAGGAGUAUGAUGAAUUCAUGGAAGACUCCAAGAUUGACAAGGCCAGCAAGGAGACUGCACUGAAGCAGAAAAGCGGCAAGACGAGCACCCAGAAUCAGGAGUUGAGCACGGCCAGUGGGGAUUUGGAGAACACCCAGAAGGAGCUCAGCGCUGCGAAGGAGUAUUUCGAGAAGCUCAAGCCGGACUGCAUCGACAUUGGCCCUUCCUAUGCGGAACGCAAAGCACAAAGGGAGCAAGAGAUGCAGGACCUCAGGGAAGCCUUGGAGAUGCUCGGCAACCUGUAGGCCGCCCACGGGCGUCGACGUCGACGCCUUCCGCCGAAAAGAAGAGCGGACCGAGACGUGACGGGACCGCAGGAGGGUUGGUCAUCGACAGUCCAAGACCAACUCAUUGAGUGGUUCAGACAUGUUGAGAACCAGCAGUUUCAGAAAGGAUGUCGUUUUUUUGGGGAUAGGUGGGAUAGGUUGCCGGGCUUGCCCAUUCUGCACGGACUAAGAAAGGCAACCCCACUGGAUUGGUAAUAAACAAACCCAGCUAGUGUUCGUUCCAGCUUUUUAGUUUGGCCGCAGGCUAC